AUGGCGCGCAUCGUAUCGCGGGCCCUCCCGUUCGCCUCGCGCUCGCACCUCCAUCUCUCCCCGCCCCUCCGCGGCGCGGCGCUGCUCAGCUCCACGCCGCUCCUCCCGCACCUCCCCGCGGCGGCGUCCACGGCCUCCCUGCUCUCCUCGCGGGGGUUCACGCCCACCCCCGAGCGCUCCCGCUUCGCGCAGCCUUUCGCGGGAUUCCUUUCUGGCAUACGCGGCUUCCGAAGGGCGCGGCGCGGGCAGGCGGCGGCGAAGCGAGAGCCGCCGCAGGACCCUGCGCCCCCGCCCCCGCCCCCGCCCAAGGAGAGCGAGAUAGAGCUCUGCGCCCGCAUCAGCGUCGAGGAUGAUUUGCCCGACGACGUCGAAGUGCUGAACGUUAUAGAAAUCAUGAAAUUAAAUGUUCCUAUGGCGAUGAAAAUUGCACUAGAUGGACUUCUGGAGUAUAACUACAAAACACGAGACACUUCAAUAAGUGACGUCGGGAAGUAUGAAAAGGUUGAGGUUUCUGUGUUGCUAUGCAACGAUAACUUCAUCCAGAAUCUUAACAAAGAAUGGAGAGGCAAGGACUGCGCUACUGAUAUGCUCUCAGUGUCACAGUUCAUUCCCGAUCUGGAUGUUCCUACUCUUAUGUUGGGUGAUAUAGUAAUAUCCGUGGAAACAGCUGCAAGGCAAGCUGAGGCGAGAGGCCAUACCCUUCUUGAUGAACUGCGGACACUAGUGGUUCGUGGCCUGUUACGUCUUCUGGGUUUUGACCGUCAGAUUAGUGAUGAGGCUGCAAUGGAAAUGGAGAAGGAGGAGCUGCUCAUUUUAAAAAGUCUAAGGUGGAAAGGGAAAGGUCUUGCUAAGAACGCUCCUGAUUUGAGCAAGCCUAACACAGAAACAUUAGAUGGACAAGUAACAAACAGUCUAAAGAGAGCUGGCAGCCUAAGAUUUUAUAGACCAAAGUUCAAAUAUAUCUUCUGUGAUAUGGAUGGUACAUUGCUCAACAGUAAAAGUCAAGUAACAGCAAGGAAUGCAGAAGCUCUAAAGGAAGCUAGGUCAAGAGGUGUAAACAUAGUUAUUGCCACAGGAAAGACGCGCCCAGCUGCCAUUGAUGCUCUUAAUAUGGUUGAUUUAUCUGGAAGAAAUGGCAUUGUUUCAGAAUCUUCGCCUGGUAUAUUUCUUCAGGGGCUGUUGGUUUAUGGUUUGAAAGGGAGAGAAAUUUAUAGAAAUACAUUGAACCAAGAAGUAUGCCGAGAGGCAUUCUUAUAUUCUUUGGAGCACAAGAUACCAUUAGUAGCAUUUAGCCAGGAUCGGUGUUUUUCUAUGUUUGAGCAUCCAUUGGUUGAUUCUCUCCAUGAUGUGUACCAUGAACCUAAGGCUGAAAUAGUGUCAUCUAUUGAUCAGCUUUUAGGAACAGCUGAGAUACAGAAACUAGUGUUCAUUGGAACUUCUGAGGGAGUUUCUUCCACAUUGAGGCCAUACUGGACAAAGGCAAUAGAAGAAAGGGCUGGUGUUCUUCAGGCACAGCCUGAUAUGCUUGAGCUUGUACCACCUGCAACUUCGAAGGGCACCGGGGUGAAGAUUUUGCUGGACCAUCUCUGCAUUAGUCCGGACGAGGUAAUGGCAAUUGGAGAUGGAGAAAAUGACAUAGAAAUGCUACAGCUAGCAUCACUGGGUGUCGCUCUGGCAAACGGCGCCGAGAAGACCAAAGCAGUGGCAAAUGUAAUCGGUGCCACCAACGACGAAGAUGGAGUUGCACAGGCCAUCUAUGACUACGCUUUCUAA